CACCCCUCUUAGUUUAAUCGUCACGAGUGAAUAUAAAAUAUAUUCUGAAUUAAGAUUACUGACCAAAAGCAGAGGCGGCAGCCGCAGGGGUUUUGAAUUUUUUCCCCAAUUCAUUCGAUUCAAGCAUCUGGCCAGGUUUAAAUAUGGGUAAUCCGCUUCAACUCACAACAACAAAUUUAUGUGCAAGAGAAACCCCUGUAUCAAUAUUGAAUGUUAUGCAGGAGGCUCCCAAACUAGAAACACAAUCAUCAAGGAUAGUAUUCUCAGGGAAGAUAGGAAGAAGAAAUAUUAUCCAUUGUGCAACAAAAGUUUCUGCUACUCGCGGUGAACAUGAAGAUAGUAGGCCUUUAGUGAAGAUGUGUGGGAUUACAUCUGCUAGAGAUGCUGCUUUGGCAGCAGAAGCAGGUGCUGAUUAUAUUGGAAUGAUUCUUUGGCCUAAUUCAAAACGUUCAGUUUCAGUCACUGUUGCAAAGGAUAUUUCAAAAGUUGCUAGAGAAUAUGGGGCAAAGCCUGUUGGGGUGUUUGUUGAUGAUAAUGCUGACACAAUAUCAAGGGUUUCCAAUGCAGCAGAACUUGAGUUUGUGCAGCUUCAUGGAGAUGCUUCAAGGGCUGCAUUUCCAGUGUUGGUCAAGGAAAAUCGGAUAAUCUAUGUCCUUAACGCCAAUGAAGAUGGAAACCUUUUAAAUUAUAUAACUGAAGAUGACUGUUCUUUAGUUGAUUGGAUACUUGUGGAUAGCUCAAAAGGUGGCAGUGGUAAAGGGUUCAAUUGGUCCCAAUUUAAGCUACCUUCAAUAAACAGUAAACAUGGAUGGCUCCUGGCAGGAGGGAUAUACCCGCACAAUGUAUGUGAAGCUCUUGAAACUCUAAAGCCAGAUGGAAUCGACGUUAGUAGUGGCAUUUGUGGUUCAGAUGGCAUUCAAAAGGAUAAGUCACGGAUUUUAUCCUUUAUUAAUGCAGUGGAAUCUGUAACUUACAAUAGCUAAAAGCAAUAACUUCCAAUUUUUUAUAGUCUCACAUUGCUUCCGAAAAUCGGAAUCGAGCUUGAUGCCGUUUUUCUCUUUUUGAUAUCCUUCAUACAGUAAUAUCACUUGGUUCAAAAUCUUGUUAUGCGGGUCAUUUAAAACCAUGAAGUGGCAGGCUUGUUUAAUGAUUUUUAAGAAUUAUUACAUAAUUGUGUUAAUGACUUGAGUAAUUCCCUGGAUUGGUAAUGUUACGUUAUCACAUAUGAUUAUAUACUAUCAGAUUUCAAUUGUAAUUUUUGGUAUAUGAUUGUUUAAAUGAAUAUGCAAGCAAGUUCUAGCAGCUGUGAUUUUUCACAGAGGGUUUGGGUGUCUUCAUCUAAAUGCCCAUGUGAAAAAAGGCUUAAAUUUUGUCCAUUACAUGGGUUUUCUAGGAGGAUGAAAUUGUGUAUGACCCAUAAGAGAAAAAGAUGUGUUCUUGAAGCAUGUAUGUGGUCUGAUGGUGGAAAUAGUAAUUUAGAUUUUGCAGAUUUAGCUACUAGGGUUGCUAAAAGUUCUGUGGCUAAUAGAUUGUCAAAUGAAGUGGAUGAGAGAAAUGUUUCUUCUGAUGGUGGAAAUAGUGAUUUAGGUUCUGCUAAUUUAGCUACUAGGGUUGCUAAAAGCUUUGUGGCUAAUAGAUUGUCAAAUGAAUUAGAUGAAUGAAAUGUGCCUCGAGAUUCUGGUUCGAUGGGAGCUCCUAAAUUAGUUAGCUUUGAAGAGGAUCCUAUUGUAGAUAAGCUGAGGACACAACUAGGAGUUCUGCACCCGAUUCCGUCUCCUCCGGUUAACAAGAACAUUGUUGGGUUGUUUGUGUUCUUUUUCUUUGUUGGGGUUGUUUUCGAUAAGUUUUGGACAUCAAGGAAGAGGAAAGGAUCAAGCAAUGACAGGAAGGCUGGUAAUAGGCCACAUGUUCCUACAAGCUUCUGUUCGUUUCUCGAAAAGGAUUUGCAGAGGAAAGAGUCGGUGGAAUGGGUUAACAUGGUUCUAGAGAAGUUGUGGAAGGUUUAUAAACCAGGGCUUGAAAGUUGGCUUACUGGAUUGCUUCAUCCAGUCAUUGAUGAUUUAGAGAAACCUGAUUAUGUGGAGAGGGUUGAAAUAAAGCAGUUAUCUCUACGAGAUGAGCCUAUAUCGGUUAGGAAUGUUGAACGCAAAACUUCAUGGCGUCUUAAUGAUUUGCAGUAUCAGAUAGGCAUCUGUUACACUGGUGGUGCCCGCAUGUUGAUAAUGCUGUCCCUUAAAUUUGGAAUAGUACCCAUUGUUUUGCCGGUGGGUAUUUGAGAUUUUGAGAUUGACGGGGAGCUUUGGGACAAACUGAAAUCAAUUCCAUUCGAGCCUUGGGUGGGAGCUGUCCAGUGGGCCUUUGUAUCACUCCCAAAGAUAAAGUUUGUGUUGUCUCCAUUUCGUUUGUUCAAUUUAAUGGGUAUGUCUUAGCCUUAUAUCAAUUAAACUUAUAUAUUCUUUGUAUGAACUGACCUAUUUCCAAUUUGCAUUAAUACUCUAAAUCUUUCAAUUGAA